UCUGAUGCUUGACAAGCAUUCUCCGCAUGUUUAGAGGAGGAGUUCCUCCAGUGAUUCUCGCCUGAAGAAUGACAAGAACCGAGACCAGAGAAACACCAGCAACAAGAUGUCCAGAAGAGUGGAGGUGAUCAUCAACUCCUUAACUCCGCGGGAUCAGGAUGAGCCUCCUCUUCACAUCACAGAGUCGAAGCCCGGAGAGCAUCCAGGAGUGAAGGGCUUCCUGAUGAUCCACCCGGAGGUGCUGGGGUGGCUGGAGAUCCUGACUGGGUCCAUGGUGUCAGGACUUGUCUACUGGAAUUACGAUCUCUGGCUGUUAAUACCGGCUUGCUUUGUGAUUUUAAUAGGAGUCAUCACAGCUACAGCUGCAUGCACCCGCAACCGCUGUCUGGUGAUCACUUCUCAGGUGCUGAAUCUGCUUAAUAUCUGCAAUGUGCUGGCAGCGAUCAUCGUGUUUUUCGUCGUAUUCUUCUUAGGGAUUCUUAAGGAUAUGCUUUUUGGACAUUUACUCCGUUCUCGUUUCCUGAAUGGCCUUUCUGAGAGUUAUCCAUCUCUGCCCGUAAACAUCUCUUUCGUCGCCUGUAACAUUCUGGCGCUCAUCUUCUCACUUCUCAUCAUCAUGACGUUGUGCUGCUGGUGUAAAACGAGAAAGCGUCUGAUGGUCAUCCACAUGAACGCAGCUUCACCGGCAGCGGUCAGUGACGUCGUGGAUCAUCCGUGUCCAGAAUCCUCCCCCCCGGGCUAUAGUCCAGUCCCAUCUUCAGAUCCGCCGGACUACGAGGAGGAACGACUCUCGACGCUUUCUGGAGUUUCUGCUCAGGAGUGGGCCAUGAGGAAAUGGAAAAGAGAACUACAGCGCAGCAGAAAACCCAUCCAAGUCUGACCGGAUUCAUUUAUGUAUUUAUGCUCUAAAGUAGAGCUUUAAUGACCUGUGUUUUAUUUGAUCUCUUGUGUUCUCAAGGCCUUUAUUAAUAGAAUGUCUAACAUCAUAACACUAGUUUCUCUUGCAUCAGAUGAACAACACAGAGAACAUUCACUGGUGGAUGUCACAGGACUUUUAUGCACAUUAGAUAUUUUGUGUCCUUGUUUUUAAAAACUGACAACAUUAGAAAACAUCAUAUGUGAAACUCUGCACAUGAAAUGCAUUAUGAAAUAUUCAGUGUUUCUGCAGGUCUCAAGUUGUCCUUCCACAAAUUAAGGCUUAAAAGGGUCCUAUGUCCUUAAAUCAGGAAGAAUGUUAUUUGCUCUGAUAAAAAAAAAAAAUGGCAUGAACUGCAAAAAAAUGUAUAUCUUCCUCAGUAUUUUUGUCUUGUUUUUAAGUACAUCCUGGCAUCAAAAAAUGAAGUCUUGCUUUUUUAAGAAAUCUAUCAAUAUGAAGGGAGUUUAUGGGAAAUGAAAAAGUUGUUUUCCCUGAAUUAAGUUUAUUUUUAUAUUUAGACUUUGUGUUUUCAUGCUUUGAGGUAUUGCUAGUGUAACUCAUUGUGUUUUCUUUCAUUUAAUUCUUCAAUUUUCUUUACUUGGUCUCAGAAAAGUCUUAAACCUGCCUUCUGAGGACUUGAAGAAACCCUGAUAUGCAGGAUUUGAGCAUUAUUCGUGGAUCAGAAACCAUGUUUAAGCGAGAUUGUGUUGAAAUGUGACUAGUUUUAGAGCGUAUUUCAGUAUUUGGAUCAGAAGCUGUACUUGCAUGUCUGAAAAAAGCUGUCCGGAGAUGACUGCCGAGACAUUAUUUCUGAUAUUUGCUCAUCUGCGGACAGUAAAUACACAGGAAAAGUAUUGCUUCUGCGUUCCCUCAAUCUCAGACACGCUCUUCUUAUGUGCAAUCUUACUAUUGAACUUGUUUAUUUUGUUUGAAUGUACACACUAGCAGUCUGUAAACCGUUUUGAAUUUGCACUAUAGAGUUCAUGUAUUAUUAGUAGUGUUAUGGUAAUUGUUGUUCAAUGGAGAAUUUCCUAAAGCUAAUAAAUCUUUCUUGGCAACAGGU